GUGAGGCUCCGCCACCGCCUCCACCGCCGCCAACGCCGCCACCUCUUCUCCUUCUUAAACCCUCUAGCCUGCCUCUAGAAUACUAUUUAUCAUUAUUUUCGAGCUUUAUUUCAAUUUCUAUUUAAUUUGACAAAAAUUUAGGAUUUGUUUUCUAUGGCUUCCACAAAGAAGGUGGUGGAUCGGAUAAAGGGUCCAUGGAGCCCCGAGGAAGACGAAGCGUUACAGAAUCUGGUCAAGAUCUACGGCCCAAGAAACUGGUCGCUGAUCAGCAAGUCGAUUCCUGGUCGAUCCGGCAAGUCUUGCCGUCUGCGGUGGUGCAACCAGCUCUCCCCGGAGGUGGAGCACCGCCCCUUCAGUCCCGAAGAGGACGACACCUUAAUCAGGGCCCACGCCCGGUUCGGAAACAAGUGGGCCACCAUCGCCCGGUUGCUCAACGGCCGCACCGAUAACGCCAUAAAGAACCACUGGAACUCCACCCUCAAGCGCAAAUGCUCCUCCAUGUCCGAAGAUUUGUGCUCCGACGUCCAUGACCACCCGCCACACAAAAGAUCCGCCAGCGUCGGUGCCGUUUCGGGUACGGGUCUCUAUUUUAACCCGGGUAGCCCGUCCGGAUCCGAUUUGAGCGAUUCUAGCUUGCACGGCGGUGUCUCUCCCUCGUCUCAGGUCUUCACCCCCAUUGCGAGACCCGUACCUCCUCCCAUUGCUCCGCCGCCGAUGGAGGCCGCGACAUCAGCUGUGGCCGUUGAUCCACCCACCUCGCUCAGCCUCUCGCUUCCCGGAUCCGAGUCGGAGUCGUGUGACGGGUCGAAUCAUAUGGGGUCCGGAUUCGGAUCCAAUCCGAUUGUUGGUCCCACCCAGAUGGUAGAGCAACCACAUGAGGUAGCAGCUCCACCGCCGGUGGUAGGAUUGCUGCCGCCGCCGCGUCAGAGCAAUUUGAACAACAAUCAGCAGUUUUUCAGCUCGGAGUUCCUGGAUGUGAUGCAGGAGAUGAUCAGGAAGGAGGUGAGGAACUACAUGACGGGGAUUGAGCAGAAGGGGCAGUGCAUGCAGACUGAAGCCAUCCGAAACGCUGUCAUAAAGCGUAUCGGGAUUAGCAAAAUCGAGUAGCUACAGGAAGGAACCAGAUAGAAUGACGUAGUAGUGCUAGUGAUGAUGAUCAUCAAGAUGAUCGAGAAGAUGAGUCCGACCCGGAUAAAUUUAGCCCGAAAGCUCAAACAAAAAGAAAAAAGAUCCAACUCUGUUAUUAAAUUUCCCUUUUUCGUUUUUGUUUUUAUUACUAGUGAAAAUAAUUUUGGUAGUGUA